GCGCGCAGAGGCGAGGAGGGCAGGCGGCGGGCUGGCGGCGGGGCGGCCGAGCUAGCUGUCCGCUUUGCGCCGCGGGCCCACGCCGCAGUGUGUUUUGUGGACGGCGCCUUCCCAGACAGCCCACAGGAGCCCAGCUUGACACCCCGCAGCCUCGGACGCGAUGUUCCGCCGGACCUUGAAUCGUUUGUGCUCUGGAGAAGAGAAACGAGUUGGUACACGUACAGUAUUUGUUGGCAAUCAUCCCAUUUCAGGAAUGGAAACUUAUAUUGCACAAAGAUUUUGUGAUAAUAGAAUAGUCUCAUCUAAGUAUACACUUUGGAAUUUCCUCCCAAAGAAUUUGUUUGAACAGUUUAGAAGAAUUGCGAAUUUUUAUUUUCUCAUCAUUUUCCUUGUACAGGUCACAGUAGACACACCAACCAGCCCAGUUACUAGUGGACUUCCACUUUUCUUUGUUAUAACUGUUACCGCAAUCAAGCAGGGAUAUGAAGAUUGGCUUAGACACAGAGCUGAUAAUGAAGUUAACAAAAGUACUGUUUACAUUAUUGAAAAUGCAGAACGAGUGAGAAAAGAAAGUGAAAAAAUCAAGGUUGGUGAUGUAGUAGAAGUACAGGCAGAUGAAACCUUUCCCUGUGAUCUUAUUCUUCUGUCAUCCUGCACAACUGAUGGAACCUGUUAUGUCACUACAGCCAGUCUUGAUGGUGAAUCUAAUUGCAAGACACAUUAUGCAGUACGAGAUACCAUUGCACUGUGUACAGCCGAAUCCAUUGAUAACCUCCGAGCAGCAAUUGAAUGUGAACAGCCUCAACCUGACCUCUACAAGUUUGUUGGGCGAAUCAGUAUCUAUAGUGAUAGUGUUGAGACUGUUGCCAGGUCUUUGGGACCUGAAAAUCUUUUGCUGAAAGGAGCUACACUUAAAAAUACCAAGAAGAUAUAUGGAGUUGCUGUUUACACUGGGAUGGAAACCAAAAUGGCUUUGAACUACCAAGGGAAAUCUCAGAAACGUUCUGCUGUCGAAAAAUCUAUUAAUGCCUUCUUGAUUGUUUAUUUAUUUAUCUUACUGACCAAAGCUGCAGUAUGCACAACUCUAAAGUAUGUUUGGCAAAGUACCCCAUACAAUGAUGAACCUUGGUAUAACCAAAAGACUCAAAAGGAACGGGAAACUUUUAAGGUUUUGAAAAUGUUCACCGACUUUUUAUCAUUCAUGGUUCUCUUCAACUUUAUUAUUCCUGUCUCCAUGUAUGUCACAGUAGAAAUGCAGAAAUUUUUAGGCUCAUUUUUUAUUUCAUGGGAUAAAGACUUUUUUGAUGAAGAAAUUAAUGAAGGAGCCUUGGUUAACACAUCAGACCUUAAUGAAGAACUUGGUCAGGUGGAUUAUGUAUUUACAGAUAAGACUGGAACACUCACUGAAAAUAGCAUGGAGUUCAUUGAAUGUUGCAUUGAUGGGCACAAAUAUAAAGGCACAACUCAGGAAGUUGAUGGAUUAUCUCAAACUGAUGGGCCCUUAACCUAUUUUGAUAAAGCAGAUAAGAACCGAGAAGAGCUCUUUUUGCGUGCUCUGUGUUUAUGUCACACUGUAGAAAUUAAAACAAAUGAUGCUGUUGAUGGACCUACAGAAACAGCUGAAUUCACCUAUAUCUCCUCCUCACCAGAUGAAAUAGCUUUGGUGAAAGGAGCAAAAAAGUUUGGAUUCACAUUUUUGGGAAAUUGGAAUGGACAUAUAAAAGUAGAGAACCAAAGAAAAGAAAUAGAAGAAUAUGAACUUCUCCACACCUUAAAUUUUGAUUCUGUCCGCCGACGUAUGAGUGUAAUUGUAAAGACCCAAGGAGGAGAUAUACUACUUUUUUGUAAAGGAGCAGAUUCAUCAGUUUUUCCCAGGGUGCAUAACCAUGAAAUUGAGUUAACGAAAGCUCAUGUGGAACGUAAUGCAAUGGAUGGGUAUCGGACUCUUUGUGUAGCCUUCAAAGAAAUUGCUCCCGAUGAUUUUGAAAGAAUUAAUACACAACUAAUAGAGGCAAAAAUGGCCCUACAAGAUAGAGAAGAAAAACUGGAAAACAUUUUUGAUGAGAUUGAGACAAACAUGAAUUUAAUCGGAGCCACUGCUGUGGAAGACAAGCUGCAAGAUCAGGCUGCAGAGACCAUUGAAGCUCUGCAUGCAGCUGGCUUGAAAGUCUGGGUGCUUACUGGAGACAAGAUGGAAACAGCCAAAUCCACUUGCUAUGCCUGCCGCCUUUUCCAAACCAAUACUGAGCUCUUGGAACUGACCACAAAAACCAUUGAAGAAAGUGAAAGGAAAGAAGAUCGAUUACAUGAAUUGUUAAUAGAAUAUCGUAAGAAGUUGCUGCAUGAAUUUCCUAAGAGCACUAGAAGCCUUAAAAAAGCAUGGACAGAGCAUCAGGAAUAUGGAUUAAUCAUUGAUGGCUCCACAUUGUCUCUCAUACUAAAUUCUAGUCAAGACUCUAGUUCAAACAACUAUAAAAGCAUUUUCCUACAAAUCUGUAUGAAAUGUACUGCAGUGCUCUGCUGCCGGAUGGCACCAUUACAAAAAGCCCAGAUUGUCAGAAUGGUGAAGAACUUGAAAGGCAGCCCCAUAACACUGUCAAUAGGUGAUGGUGCCAAUGAUGUCAGUAUGAUUUUGGAAUCCCAUGUGGGAAUAGGUAUUAAAGGAAAAGAAGGUCGCCAGGCAGCCAGGAAUAGUGAUUAUUCUGUUCCAAAAUUUAAACAUUUAAAGAAACUGCUAUUGGCUCAUGGACAUCUAUAUUAUGUGAGAAUAGCACAUCUUGUACAGUAUUUCUUCUACAAGAAUCUUUGUUUCAUUUUGCCACAGUUUUUGUACCAAUUCUUCUGUGGAUUCUCACAACAGCCACUCUAUGAUGCUGCUUAUCUUACAAUGUACAAUAUCUGUUUCACAUCCCUGCCCAUCCUGGCCUACAGUCUACUGGAACAGCACAUCAACAUUGAUACUCUGACCUCAGACCCUCGAUUAUAUAUGAAAAUUACUGGCAAUGCUAUGUUACAGUUGGGGCCCUUCUUAUAUUGGACAUUUCUGGCUGCCUUUGAAGGGACAGUAUUCUUCUUUGGAACUUAUUUCCUUUUUCAGACUACAUCCUUAGAAGACAAUGGAAAGAUAUAUGGAAACUGGACAUUUGGAACCAUUGUUUUUACAGUCUUAGUAUUCACUGUAACUCUGAAGCUCGCCUUGGAUACCCGAUUCUGGACAUGGAUAAAUCACUUUGUGAUUUGGGGUUCUCUAGCCUUUUAUGUUUUUUUCUCAUUCUUCUGGGGAGGAAUUAUUUGGCCUUUUUUGAAACAACAGAGAAUGUAUUUUGUGUUUGCUCAAAUGCUGUCUUCUGUUUCCACAUGGUUGGCCAUAAUUCUCCUAAUAUUUAUCAGCCUUUUCCCUGAGAUUCUCUUAAUAGUAGUAAAGAAUGUACGAAGAAGAAGUGCCAGGAGAAAUCAGAGCUGUAGAAGGGCAUCUGACUCAUUAUCCGCCAGACCUUCAGUCAGACCUCUUCUUUUACGAACAUUCUCAGACGAAUCUAAUAUAUUGUAACAGAAUCUGAAUCUUGAACUGCCCAUGUUGUUGUCCUACAAGCAUAUUGACUGUGGUUGCAGCUAAAGAAAGAAAGCAUGAAGGAACAACUACAAAAGAUAUUAACUCAGGAUACUCAAUAUGCAACAAAAACCACUCUCGUGUGUAGGGUUCAGAAUAAAUGUCCAUUAAAAUACCAAAUAACUCUCCUAACCAUUUACAGUUAUUGUAAGUAGCCAUUAUGGCCAAAGUUAAGAAUUAUAUGAAAGUUUAAAGUAAGCAUACUUAGAAUUCUGGAUUUAGAUAGAAUAAAGUAACUAUAAAAUGGGUGCUCUUUUAACCCAUUGACUUCGUGAAUGGAUUUAAAUAUAGUAGUAUAAAGUAGAAGUCAUGCAAUGGAAAUGAACAGAUUUUGCUAAAACAGUGUUAACUUUUUUGCCUGGCAAAAGACAUAGGCUGUUUGUAUCACAUUUCUCGUUCCUGCUGAAUGAUUAUCUUAUUUUUUUCCAAAUAUAAAAGGAAUACUUGAAAAUACAGAAGAACUAAAUGAUAUUACUGCAUCAGACAAAAUAGUUUAUCUUCUGUUCAUUCACAGGCUAAUUGUCUUGGUCUCUAAUAUCCUUUCUAAAAAAAUACCUUGAAUACUUUGUGCGAUACUGUUAAUUCUGGGUAUUAUUGUAGAAACAAGUUUGCAAAAGGUUAUUUGGUUCGUUUUCUUCUGAACUACACACCACUUAUGUAUUUAAACUUGAAAAUAAAACACUUUGGUCACUUGGGUAGUAGCCCCUCAAAACAGUUAAGCAAUAAGAUAUUUCCAAUGUCAAUUUUGCUGGGUGAUGAGGUAAGAUGGAUUAAAUAUAUAAAAAUAAGUGCCAUUCUUAACAUCGGCAUUUUAUAAUUUUAUGUGGCAAAGAGAGGAGGAAUAGCUUAUUUUAAACUACUAACGGUUUUUAUUUGAAAGAGGUUGUGUUUGUGUAUAUAUACAGCACUUUUUUUUAAGUUACCAAUUUGGUAGGGGAGAGAUCCAUUCUAAAACAGUUCAACUUGUAAGAGCCAUGACCCUUUGGACAUGAAUGUUAUCUCCUGUAGCUGACUGGGACAGUAAAGUAGUCUAAUUCUAAACUAUGAGGUGGACCUUGGUAAGAUCCUCAAACUACUGGAUAAGAAAGAGGUUUUUACCCCUAAUAAGUUCACUUAAAACAUGAAGUAAGUGUGAAAUGUCUUUAUUCAAUAGAGGGACCACAUUUGAAAGCUAAGUUAAAAUGAUAUUUAGAAAAUAUUUUUCUAUCAGUUUCCAAUUUUUUGUCUUUCUGUCAUGCCUGUACUAUUUGAUGUUUAUAUUGUACCUUGAUUUAGCAAAGUAUUAGGUUCAUUCUAUUCCAUAUAUUUAUAUAGUCCAUAUGGCACAUUUGAUUCUUCCGUAUAUAUUGUGUUGAUGUUUAGAUGUAAUAUUUCUUAAAUUCUGAAAAGGUCAUAAUUUCAGUUACCAAAAACCAUUCCAUAAUUAAUUUAAUUUGUUCUUGUCUAUCAGUAUUAUUUUUGAGUAUUUUGUUAAAUGUCAUUUACAGCUUAAGUGUGCUGUGUGCUAUUGUAGCCUGUAUUUGAGGUGAUCUGCUGAAAGCAAAGUCUUUCUAUUCUUUGCCUAUUCCAAAGAGCUAAAACAUCUAACCCAGGAAAGCUUUGCUAUUUUGUUAUUGUUAUUGUCAUUGUUGUUGCUGCUGUAUUGUUAUUAUUUUACAUCAGAACUAUAAGGACUGUGAAUAACUAUAAGAGCCAAAUAGAGAGGCUUAGUUAAUGCAGAACAAUUGAGGAGUUGAUAUAAUCAGGAUAUCCAGGAUAGUAGAAAUAAAACUGAAUAUGUGUGACAUGUGGCAGUAGAGAGAAAUCUAGAUAAGCAAGUGAGGGCUAUUUAGAGUUGUAUCUCAGUUACACAUUACAUUGUACACUGCAGCUCAAAUCAGAGGAGCAUGGGUUUGCUUUUUGAAAGUUUUUUAUUAAUGAUCUAAAACAUGGCUAGCGUGGGAUUAUCAGAUGAAGUAACUUGAAAUGAGCCAUCCAGUAUUCCUAGUACUAUAAUCUAACCACUCUUAUAUCAGAAGAGGGCAAGAAGUCAAUAAGAAAACAGUAGGACCAUAUUACCAUAAUUUGAAUGAUUUUUUUGAGCUAUCAAAAUGUCCCUUGUAUUUUCCACACUGUUGUUUAUUGUUUGAGGAUGUUGCCUAUUAAACAGAAAUAUUCAUUCCAUAUCUACUACAUAUACACCAGCAACAGUAUAAAUGUAAGCCUAAAUUUGCAAAAGUCAUAAUUUAGUGAUGGAAUUUUUUAAUAACAUGCAGUAUAUAAAUGUGCAGAUUUUAUGCAGAUGUUGAUAAAAUCAUUUUUCAGCUUGUAAAAUGGAACUGCAAUAUUACAUUUUUCACUUAAGCAAUUUUUUACAUCUACUUUGUUGCUUUCUAAAAUGAACGUGAAUGCCAUCUUUUAUGAAUGCAACUUGCCUUUUUCAUUACAGAAAUUUUCGUUUGAUGUAAUCAAUAAACUUUGGUAUGAUAUAAUUGA